AUGAGUACUCGGCUGAGAGAGUCAUUUGGUGGUACACGCGUAAUUUCGCUUCUUCGUCAAACACCUUCACUCUCAACUCGUCCAUCUUCACUCGAACAGCGUCAAAGAUGGCACGCUCAUCGUCUAUCGUGGUCAGCGGAUGGCGACAGACGAGUUCGAUAUACUUCGUCAGAAUGUGGGUGGCUUUCUGUCAAUGAACGGUUUCUUGUCGACAUCGAGCAGCCGCGAUUUGACAAGCUCGGUAGCGGUAUAUGGACUGUGAAGCUGGUUCUGAAUGGUGAUGAGGAUAUCGAAUUGAGACGACUCAUAGACCUCACGAAGAAGGAAAUACAAGGAUCAAAUGAUUUCUUCAGUUUAGGGAGUUUACUAAUGAAGAUGGGUGAACAUGAUAAAGCAGAAGAGUUUUAUCUGAUGAUGCUUAAGACUAGUUCUCCGAAUGAUGGUGGUAUCGGAGCUAUUUAUAACAAAAUUGGACUGAGUUAUUGGGAAAGACGCAACAAUGCGCAGGCAUUACUUUAUUACAACAAGUCUCUAGAUAUCUACAAGAAAUGUUUGCCUGCAGAUUCAGCAUCACUAGCCGCAGUAUAUGCCGAUAUUGGCGCCGUAUAUAAAGCAGAGGGUGACUUGGACCAGGCACUGAUGAACAUGGAAAAGGCACUGAAAAUACAAGAGAAAUCUCUUUCGCCAGAUGAUCCGGGUCUUGCAACAAUGUACAACAACAUUGGAGUGGUGUAUCAUGAGAAGAAGGAGUAUUACAAGACUCUAGAAUACUUUCUAAAAAGCUUGAAUAUUCAACAAGUAGUUCUCCCUCCGAAUCACCCUACAUUGGCCACUACAUAUAACAACAUUGCUAGUGGGCAUUAUGUGAGAAGUGAGUAUGCACAAGCGCCGAAAUAUAUGCAAAUGAUACUGAAGAUACAACUGCGUUUAUUACCACUAUAG